CACUUAAAAAUUAAAACAGAACUUAUGAGUUAUGAGUAAAAAUUAUAAUAUGUUAAACUUAACAGUUCAGUACUCAAUAAUUAAUACUUUUGAAUUUGAUUUGGUAAGUACUAAGUAGUGAUUUUACAGUGUGCAGUUAUUCAUGAAAAUUAAAAAUAUUCGCCACUUAAUAAACUCUUUACUUGGAUUUUUUUAAAUUUCGAUCUAAAAAUGUCGGAUCCUUCAGAUUUUGAAAGUAUUAUUUCAGACAGAAUGGUCUCUCCGUGCAGUAUUAACAGUAUCAACGACGAAAAUGCAACCGUGAAUGAUAAUAAUUUAGGAUCAACAAUUUCUUUAACCAACAAUGUAGUAAUAAAUACGAUGAAUGUUGAUAAUAUGACCACCAAUGAUAUAUCUCAACAAGACAUGUAUCUCACAGACAGUGAUCAAAGUUUAUUGGAAGUCCCAAAACAAUUGAAUGCCUCAUCUCCAUCCAGUGUUUGCUCCGUAAGACCACUUGAAUGGGAUAGUGGAGCCGAUGUGGGGUAUGAUAUUACAUCUCAACACCAGAGUCAAGAUAUGAGUACAAUUGAAAGAAUUGCAGUGAGUAGCCUUGUCUAUAAUACCAACUCAACCCCAAUUGAUUGUCCUCGAAAAAUUUGUACAAAAACCAAAAGUAAUUCAUUGGUUAAUCUGAACGAAAUAGAAUUAUCUAGAGAAAAAAAAUCUAGUUCAUUAGAUGUAUUGAAAUUUACAGCUGAAAAAAGUGACACUCUACCUAAAUGCCGAUCACCAAUGGCUUCGUCUCUUUCAGUGUCAACAGUAGUUCACAAAUUAGAAUCUUUAAAAACAGAUUGUAUCAAUAAAUUAAAUGAAAAAAAUGUCAGUUUGAUUUUCAAACAGCAAGAAAAAAGGUUUGAAAAAUUAAGCAUUAAUUCCAACAGAGGACAAAAAUCAACAGAGAGUAGUAAAGAGUCUAAUAGUACCUUGGGAAGUGCUGACACUGCUGGAUCUUGGGUGGCUAAAGAAUUCCACGAUUCAACAAAUAAUACUACAGAUCGAGUAAAUAGCUUUGAAUACUUACCGGGUAAUUCAUAUUACAAUACUAGAAAUGAUGAACAAGAAGACUAUUCAGAUAAAGAAAUUAAACAAAGCACUAAGAUGCUGGUUGAGGCAAUGAAAAAAAAUGGUUUAACGAAUGAACUUCAAAGAAAAGAGAUUUUUAAAGAAAUUAUUGAGAGUUUUCUAAAAAAUUAUGUUCAAAAAGAUAAAGAUAAUAAUUCAUCAUUAAAAAGUCCAUCAGAUACUGAUCAUACUCCUCAUACUCCUAUCAGACAAGAUUUUACCUCUCAAACAUCUAAUACUGCUAAUACAAUUGUCAACAAUCCAACAAAUAAUUAUUCCAGUACAAUUACAUUUACAUCACCAAUAACUUCUUCGCGGUAUGGUGAUGAUGUCGAUUCUAAAUAUGAUGAAUCUUCUUUGGACUCUGGGAGGCAUAUCAAUUUAAAAAAAUGUAAAACAAAAAAAUUGUACACUUCAACAAAUUUACAGAAACAAAAGAAUCAAAGUGUGCAAUGUACAUUUGAAAAUAAUUUAACAAAUAUAGGUAAAAAUGAUAAUUUAAAACCAUCAGGAUCUACAAAAAAAAAUGCAGACUUAAAAUCAAUUCCGAAAAAUAGUACACAUAGUAAGACCAAUUACAAUAAUAUAAAUAAGGAUUUUAAUAAACAAAUGAUUUGGUUUCAUACAAAUUACAUGAAAACUGAAAGAGAAAAUCAAAUGCUUUGGAUCAACAAUCAGAUAUCUCACUUAAAUAAUUUGAAAAAGCUAUUAAAUACUCACGAAGAACUGAAAAAAGAUUGGAAUACAUAUAAGCAGAAACAAACAAACAGUAAAGCUAAGUUAAGAAGAAGACUACCAAUAUCAAAUUCAAGUUCUGAUGUAACUACUUCAACUUAUACAGAUUCAACUAUUUCUUCUAAACCUGUAUCAGUCACAUCAAGAUGUAAUGAAACUGAUAUUGAAUCUUCGGCUACAAUUUGUAACCAUGUUCAUUAUAAAAAAGGAAUCCUAGUAAAUGAACCUAACUCUUGGAAAAAGUGUUGUGAGAAAACUCUUCAUGGCAUUAAAGAGAAACAAAAUCAAAACACUAAUAAAUUUAAAACUGCAUGGUCUCAAACUGAAUCAAUUAACGAGACAAAAUUGAAAACUUAUUGUAAGAAAAAAUCUCAGUCUGGUGUUACGUAUACAACUGAAUGCCAAUUAAAACCAAUCAGCAGUCAAAGUUCUAUAAGUUAUGAUAUAAUAUUUAAGCCUACCUCAAGAUGUUCAAAAGAAAAAGAUGCUGUUAAUGAUCAAAUAAAACAGCAGACACAUUCAAUAUCAGUAGCAUGUCAAACAAAUAAAAUCCCAUUCAAACCUAAAUCUAGUUUACAGGAAUACUUAAUGACGAAUCGUCCUGAUUAUAUUUGCCGAGCAGAAGAAAGGCAAAAUAUCUUAACUAAUUUAACAAAAUUAAGAGACAAACGCAAACAAUUAAAAAGAGAAAUGCUGAUAACAAAUAAUAUUGAAAAUAAAGUUCCACCAAAUCCAUUAGCUGUUAAGCGUGUAAUGAGUCAAAGUGAAAUGAGGAAGUUGACUGAAAAUAAAUAUCGCAAGUGUCCUGAAGUCAAAAAUAAAAAGAUUGAAAUAAAACGAAAAGAAGAAUAUAAAACAAAUAAAAUUAUGGCAAACAUAUUUAACAAGAGACUUCAAAAAAAAACAUUGAAAGGCAAAGUUGAUUUAUCAAAUAGUGUAAGUGUUUGCAGUUUGUGAAUAUGAAUAUUGUUUUAUAAAAAUUAUGAUUUUCUUUUGU